UUUUUGACCAUGUUCAUCUCCAUCAUAUCUAUAAAUAGUGGAACAACACAAAUUCACAAUCCCAAGCCAUUGUUUCCUUCAACUCCAAAUUUUAAUUUGUUAAAGUAGUGGAAGGAAAGAAGAAGAUGUUGCAUAAUUCACUUGCCAUCUUUAGCUACCUAUUAGUCUUCCUGGCCAUAACUUCCACAGCUCAACUUCCUCCGGUGCUCGACACUGACGGUCAACCUCUACGACGUGGUGUUGAGUACUACAUCAAGCCUGCAAUCACCAACGUUGCAGGUAAUCUCACCCUAAAAAAUCGUAGCAAUGCUCCUUGCCCGCUUUACGUCGGUCAAGAACCAGUUGCUUCAACAAAUAUCGGUCUUCCGGUCACCUUCACUCCCAUCGUGGCGGGCGAAGAUAUAAUUGAAGAAAGUAUGGGUUUCAAUGUUGCGUUUCAAGCGUCGUCAACGUGCAUAACAUCAACACAAUGGAGAGUGGAUGAGAUGGAGUCUGCAACAGGGAGGAGGUUCGUGGGGGUCGGGAACGAUAACGGUCCGACUGGGAUCUUUAGGAUCGACAGGAACAAUGGUGUUUACAAUAUAGUAUGGUGCCCUGAGAUGGUAGGGAGGCCAAGGUGUGGAAGUGCUGGGAUUUUGGUGGAGGAUGGAGUGAGGCUGCUGGCUUUGGAUGGCAAUGCGUUUCCUUUUGAGUUUGUCAAAGCUUGAGAUAAAGGGAAGUACUUGAUUUGUUGUAAUUAUACAACAAGAAUAUAAUAAGUUGAAAUAAAAGCUCUUGUAAGGAUAU